AAGUAUGAGGCGCAUACUCAGUACGAAUUUAUUGAGCUUUAUUGGUGUAUUUAGUAGAAACCCUUCGUCUUUUGCGGCUUUCACAGCGGUGAAACAACGCGUUUUUGCACUGAAUUUUGACCGGAAAUCAACAAGUGACCAUACGACCAUGGACCUGAGUGAUAUGAGGAAGAAAUACAAGGGAGAUGAGGAGUGCUUCGAGGAGAAUCAGCUUACAUCUCUGGACCCAAUCAAACAGUUUGGAAACUGGUUUGAUCAAGCCACAAAGUGUCCUGAAAUAGGAGAGGCCAAUGCCAUGUGCAUUGCCACAGCCACCAAAGAUGGGCGUCCGUCUGCUCGUAUGGUCCUCCUGAAAGGCUACAGCAAUGAAGGUUUCCGCUUUUUUACCAACUAUGAGAGCAGAAAAGGAUGUGAACUGGAGAGUAAUCCAUAUGCAUGUCUGGUCUUCUACUGGGAACCUCUGAACAGACAGAUUCGCAUCGAGGGAAAUGUGGAGCGAAUCCCCUUCCAGAAUUCGUGCGAUUACUUCCACUCUCGACCAAAGAGUAGUCAAAUCGGAGCCGUCGUGAGCCGACAAAGCACUCCAGUUCCUAACAGAGAUUAUCUCAGGCAGAAAAAUACAGAGCUGUUGGAGAAGUACAAGGACACAGAAGUACCAAUGCCUGACUACUGGGGAGGCUACGUCGUAAAGCCGUACUUGAUUGAGUUCUGGCAGGGUCAGACCAACAGACUUCACGACAGAAUCGUCUUCACCAAACAGAAGGAGGGAGAGACAGAGAUGGGAGAGUUUCAGCACCCUGCAGAGGCAGGCUGGGUGUACCAGAGACUUUCUCCAUGAGACGAAACGACUCAACACAUUCACAAGCAGGGAAGGAGAUCUCAUCCAAUCAUUGUGGAUUAAAACUUGACAAGAUGUCAUCUGUGAGUGCAGCGUUUGUAAGUUUUGAUUUAAUUGGUGCUUUGGUAAUCUUUGAUCCUCCUGAUGUCAGCACAGGAGACUUUCAGUAGAGUUUCAAACAUAUGAAGCAACAUGACUGCACUUAUUAAACGUUUUCCAUAUAUUAUGAAAUGAGAGAAAGAUGUACAGGAGGUAAAGGGACAGGAGAACAAACUCCACCUGUUAUUGUUAAAUAAUGAUUGACAGUGAAGUGGGUUAUUCAACAGCAUUGCUGUUAAGCUGUAGGAGGGGAAAACUGUCUUAAUUAUUGAAAAGCACAACGUGUACCACCGUCCAACUGUCCCUUAAAGUUGUAAACCUAUUAGGCUGUCCAAAUGUUGAAUACUUUGAUACUUUCCUGAUACCAUACGCCUUACGGUGAAAAGUCUUAUUUAUUCUAAUGAUCAAACACAAACAAACCCUGCAAGCUGUCUAAAUUGCACAAAACGUUGGACGUGAAACAGGUGCAAUACUUUGUGCAGUUUAGACAGUUUGAAGGAGUUUGCCUGCACUUUUUAAUAAUUUAAAAGAAGGGAACUACUAUUAGUUUCUUUGGACUUCUGGUUGUUUUUCGCCAUGGCAUCAAAGCAGGCAUAAAUUGAUGUUUACUAGUAAUAUAGGAAAAUUAAAAUUUGGCAUCUUGCAGGAUAAGAUAGAGAAAUUUAGGGCUCUAAAUAUUUAAAUGUCAAGAAGUCCUCUCAAACUCCUGUACACUGUCUAAACUGGGAGCAAACAUCGUCAACACUCUUGAAAUGUUGCUGACAUUUUUGCACAUUUCCUCUCUGUCAGCAGCCUAUAAUUGAAUUAAUGAAUGAAGACUUGAAGUUUCCUCAAAGCUUUGGUGCUUUUUGAGACUAUUGAUCAUUAAAAUAAUGUACUGUUGUGAAAUAAUCUGUACCAGAAAGUAUCAAAGCAUCAAACUUUUUGAUAAACCGUUUAUUUCCAGUAACAUCUCAGUGUCUUUCUAAGAAAUAAGGAAGUUUAAGAACCCAUAAACACUCUAAUAAAGUUAAAGCUCUUAUGGUUAGCUGACUUUUUUCAUUAUUAUUGCAGUCUUUAAUCCAUAAAGGAUGUUAAUGCCUUUUAAUACUGAGAUUAAAAGUGCUGGAGAUUUAAACCGUGCCAACUAUGAUGUUUGUAAUGUUUGUUUGUGCUGUCUGAAUGAAAUUGUUGUUUACUGAUAAAAUGAAUGGAAGUGAUAUUUUGACUUGAAGUAAAUGUGGAAUAGAGCCAUUGAUAAUAAUAAAGUUUAAUUUGUAACAGAGAGUUUUGAGUGUUUUUGUCAGCAGGUGUCAGCAGAGCGACUCUUUACAAACAGUUGAGGAUCAACAGCACUGAUGAAUUUAUUUAUUCAGAGGAUAAAGUAAACCUGGGCACAGAGGUGGAUUUAACUGUGUAUGUUUACUCAUGAUGUUAUGUAAUGGACUUCAAUAGAAUUUUGAGGGGUUUUUUUAUUAUUUAUGUGCAACUUUCUAAUUCUGCAC